AUGAAGAAAGCACAAACACUUGAUUUUGAUGCCCUGCUUCACUGCUCUUUGUAUGUGUUUCCAGGUGGACACAUAAACCCAGCGGUGACAUUCGGUCUCUUCUUGGCUCGGAAACUUUCUCUGACGAGAGCUGUCUUCUACAUCGUGAUGCAAUGCCUCGGAGCCAUCUGCGGCGCCGGAGUCGUCAAGGGUUUCCAGCCAACGCCGUACCAAACUCUCGGCGGCGGAGCCAACAGCGUCGCUCACGGCUACACCAAGGGAUCCGGACUCGGCGCUGAGAUCAUCGGAACCUUCGUCCUUGUGUACACCGUCUUCUCCGCCACUGACGCCAAGAGAAGCGCUCGCGACUCCCACGUUCCGGUAAUCCUCCCGAUUCGUUUGUGUCUUUUCCUUUUGGGAAAUUCGGUGUUAUUAAUUUGGGGGGGGAACUUGCAGAUUUUGGCUCCGCUCCCAAUCGGAUUCGCUGUGUUCUUGGUUCACUUGGCGACGAUUCCGAUCACGGGAACCGGAAUUAACCCAGCUCGGAGUCUUGGAGCUGCAAUUAUCUACAACAAGGACCACGCUUGGGACGACCACGUGAGCCCCAUUCUCUAUUACGAGAUUCGGUUUGCCAAUUCGGUCGAUAUGUUUAUUGACUUUCGAUUUUGA